AUGGAUUUGGGGGAAGUCUCUGGUUUACAGAUUCGAUGCAAGUUUUUGGCUAACCGAAGUUGCAAGUUGCAACCCAAUGAUGGGACAGGACAGAGCAAGAAGCCAAGAACUGAACCAGUUUCUUGGGAUCUCUUGUGGUGGUGGGGACUGGGGAGAUUGCAUGGAGAAUUAUUUAUGAAGUUGGGUCUUGUAAACCCUAAACAUACUUUUCUCUUGGAACAAUCAGAGGAGAAUGAGAGGAAAGGAGAGCAAGAAGUCCCACUUCUUUCAUCGUUUUCGAUUUGUCGACAGCGAGCAAGAGUGAGGUCGAGGUCGAGGAUCUCUGGGUGUUCGACUCUGAAAUCUCUAGAUUACGGUGGAAAAUUUCGUGAUCAUCUUCUGAACUCUUGUUCUCAACCGGACAUUAUUUUUCAUAAUCAUAUCCACAAUAUCUAUGGGAAAUGUGGGUCUCUAAAAGAUGCUCAGAAGGUGUUCUAUGAAAUGCCCGAAAAAAAUAAGGUUUCUUGGACUUCAAUGAUUGGUGGCUAUUCGCAAAAUCAUGAAGAGGAGGAGGCGUUGAAAACAUAUUUAGAAAUGCAACGAUCAGGUUCUCUGCCAGAUCACUUCAUCUCUAGAAGCAUAUUAAGAGCAUGCUCAGGUCUUAUUGAUGUUGAUCUCAGGAGGCAAUUGCAUGCCCAUGUCUUGAAUUCAGAAUUUGAGUGUCAUCUUAUUGCACAGAAUGUUCUAGUAGCAAUGUACACAAAGCUUGAUCAGAUUGAUGAUGCAUUAAUUGUCACUGAUAAGAUUGCAGAAAAUGAUUUAAUUUCAUGGGGUUCAAUGAUUUCUGGGCUCACUCAGACGGGUUUUGAGUUUUAUUUUUUGUGA